GAGGAGCCAGGGGAGGGUGAGCCUCUGUUUUGCUCUGCUGAGGAGUCCUUGACGGCAGUUUCCCAUCACCUGGAGGGGCAGUGACCUCAUCUCUGGGUACCUCCGCCUGAGAUGAAUCUGCCCUCAAGUCUGGGGUGAGGUGGGGAGGGGUGCCUGGCUCCGCUCCAGAUGGGCCACAGAGGCGAAGGGGCAGAGCCAACCCACCCCAGACCACGGGCAGCUAAGACAGACAGACACGUGGAAGCCAGGAAGGACCAGCAUCAAAACAUUUACCCUGUGUUCAGAGUCCCGUGGGACGGGAGCGCGCACGCGCACACGCACACACACACACACACGGAACAGUGUGCACACACGCACACGGAACAGUGUCCGCACACACGCUUGCACACAGACCACUCCGCGGCUCUUGUCUCUGGAGGCAGGCGAGCACAGACACCUUCCUAACGAUAACACGUGAGCGCUUAGAAGUGCAAAACACCCCCAAGUUCAGCAAGCAGUCGGCCUCACUUACACCCCGCCAGGCCCUCUCCCAAAGUCAUCAGACAUUCACACGCAAAAGACCCAUGCACAGACUCGUCGCCAGGACCCCUAGAUGCAGGGAUACUGAGGGAGAAAGGCCCCUCACAAAGGAAAGCCUCCUUCCCCAACGACGCUGUUAUCUGCAGCUGCUAGCCUCAGUUUCCCCUCCUGAGAUCGAAGGCCAGGCCCCCCACACAGAGGAAAGCUGGGACCCAGGCAGCCAACCCAGACCAGGAAUGGAGGGCCUGUCUGGGAGCGGGCGGGGUACACAGAGGGCAGGGCCCCAAAGAGGCCCGUGGGGGCCUGGCCAGGGGUGGGGGAGGCCGAGGGCAGGGAUCCCGUCUGGCCAGUUGGGCCUGUUCUUUCCUUGCGCAAGGUGGUGGCUGGUGGCGGCUGUGGCUGGGCCUGCUGCUCUGUGGCGGCAUCUGAAUCACCAGGGCUCCUGACCAGCGUCCUGUGCUCCCGGGAGGAGGGGUGGGGACGGUCAGAGGGAGGAGUGCCCAGCCAGGAGAGUCCACCAGCCUCGGCGAACAGUUCGAAGCAGAAGGGUCCGUGGGCUUGGCCCGGCCUGGCAACUACAUGCCCGCGGGGUGACCUCACCAGGCGGGCGGCGUGUCUCCUUCGCUCUGGUGACAUCAUCAUGCUGACGCCAGGCGGGCACUGGGUGGGGGAGAGAGGCCGCUGCCGGGCGGGCGAGCUGGAGACCUCGGACCCGGUGACCGUGGUGCUGGGCCAGGACGCCAAGCUGCCCUGCUUCUAUCGAGGGGAGCCCGGCGAGCAGGUGGGGCAGGUGGCGUGGGCUCGGGUGGACGCGGGCGAGGGCGCCCGGGAGCUCGCGCUGCUGCACUCCAAGUACGGGCUGCACGUGAGCGCGGCCUACGAGGGCCGCGUGGAGCAGCCGCCGCCUCCACGCAGCCCCCUGGACGGCGCCGUGCUCCUGCGCAACGCGGUGCAGGCCGACGAGGGCGAGUACGAGUGUCGCGUCAGCACCUUCCCCGCAGGCAGCUUCCAGACGCGGCUGCGGCUCCGCGUGCUGGUGCCUCCCCUGCCCUCCCUGAACCCUGGUCCGGCUCUAGAAGAAGGCCAGGGCCUGACGCUGGCAGCCUCCUGCACAGCAGAGGGCAGCCCAGCCCCCAGCGUGACCUGGGACACAGAGGUCAAGGGCACCGCGACCAGCCGCUCCUUCAAGCACUCCCGCUCAGCUGCUGUCACUUCGGAGUUCCACCUGGUGCCCAGCCGCAGCAUGAAUGGGCAGCCACUCACCUGCGUGGUGUCCCAUCCGGGCCUGCUGCAGGACCAAAGGAUCACCCACAUCCUCCAAGUGGCCUUCCUCACCGAGGCCUCUGUGAGGGGCCUCGAAGACCAAAAGCUGUGGCAGGUGGGCAGAGAAGGGGCUACCCUCAAGUGCCUGAGCGAGGGAUACCCUUCUCCCUCGUACAACUGGACACGGUUGGACGGGCCUCUGCCCAGCGGGGUGCGAGCGGAAGGGGACACUCUGGGCUUUCCUCCGCUGACCCCCGAGCACAGCGGCAUCUACGUGUGCCACGUCAGCAACGAGCUCUCUUCGAGGGAUUCCCGGGUCACUGUGGACAUCCUUGACCCGCAGGAGGCCCCCGGGAAGCAGGUGAACCUGGUGUCGGCCUCAGUGGUGGUGGUGGGCGUGAUCGCCGCACUCUUGUUCCUCCUGCUGGUGGUGGUGGUGGUGCUCAUGUCCCGGUACCACCGGCGCAAGGCUCAGCAGAUGACCCAGAAAUAUGAGGAGGAGCUGACCCUGACCCGGGAGAACUCCAUCCGGAGGCUGCACUCCCAUCACUCGGACCCCAGGAGCCAGCCGGAGGAGAGUGUAGGGCUGAGAGCCGAGGGCCACCCCGAUAGUCUCAAGGACAACAGUAGCUGCUCUGUGAUGAGCGAAGAGCCGGAGGGCCGUAGUUACUCGACGUUGACCACGGUGAGGGAGAUUGAAACCCAGACUGAACUGCUGUCUCCAGGCUCCGGGCGGGCAGAGGAGGAGGAAGAUCGGGACGAAGGCAUCAAACAGGCCAUGAACCAUUUCGUCCAAGAGAACGGGACCCUGCGGGCCAAACCCACGGGCAAUGGCAUCUACAUCAAUGGGCGGGGGCAUCUGGUCUGACCCAGGCCUGCCUCCGUCCCCUAAGCCUGGCUCCUUCUGCUGACCUGGGGAUUUCUGUUCGGGGAGAGGGGGCUCUCUAAACACCCUAUUUCUUCAGGAAGAUGCUCCCCAUCCCGACUGCUCUACCUUUUCCUCCAGCCCCUCUGUUCGACCAAGGUGGGGGGGGGGCUCUGCUGGUUGAGUCCUUCCCUGUUGUGUGUGUGUGUGUGUGUGUGUGUGUGUGCAUGCACGCAGAUCACCGUGUGCAUGUGUGAGCGUUCGCUGACCUUGUGCGUGUGCGGGGGUGAUGUGCCCGUGCUUCAUGUCAGCGUCCAAGUGAACUGCGGUGGGUUUGCUGGCGCGUCGUGUGGCUGCGUGACCUCUACCCGUAAGCACAGGUUAUCUCCUCGGACCCCAGAGCAGUAUUAAUGACGCAGAGGUUGGAGGCGAGAGGUGGAGACGGUGGGCCAGACCCAGGUGCACAGGCCGGAGCUGGAUUCUGGCCUCCUCUGAGUUGGGGAGCUGGGCUCCCUCCACUUGAAAGCCAGCGGGGGCAAGUGUGAACGGCCAGCUCAGGGGCCUGCCAGGCUAACCCUGUUCAGGAAGAAGCCCCUGGCCCUCUGGUGGCCUCUGGUGGCCUCUGGGCCCUGCUGCACCUGCCUAUUUUCUAUAAAUAGACCUGUUGGGGGAGUUUCUGUAGGGAAUACUGCUCCGAAUACUUUAAUACGAGACACAAAAAUUUGAAUUUCUUUCAAAUUGUCUUUGAAAGAAAAUUUGUGCUGCCUCUGGAUGUUUGUUAUUGCUUGGACGGCUUGGAGUAUGAUUAGCCGACAACCCUGGGAGUCAGCCACUGGUCAGCCACCUCCCUCCCGAGAGACUGUGCUCAGACCCCAGCAGGGGGCCAACGCCCAUGGUUCUGAAAGGUGUUCCUGCUAAGACACUUUAAUUUAGGCAGCCUCUUGGGAGGGAGCCUGGAGUUGUGGAGUCUGAGUCAACGGUGUGAGCCCCUCGGUCAGGGGCUGCAGGAGGACAGGGUGGGGUCCCUGGCCCUAGAGGCUCCCCGGUCCCUUCCCUACUGCGUCUUUUUUCUUAGUUGCGUCCCCAGUUGUUUGUGGUCCCUUGGGGGGGGGUGCGGGGACUGGGUGACAAGGGCUCCUGGUUCACAGGUGGUGUGAGGGAGGAAGGGUCGUGAUUACAGACCAGGGGAGGGGGGGGUCAGGUGGGGCAAAGCUGCCGCUGGAGGCAAGAAUGUCUCCUUUCCCCCAGGGAACUCUGGGUCACUAGCUUGGGGCUCUUUUGGCAGUGUGUGUGUGGGGGGUGCUGGGGUUAGAUACGGUCCACCGCUGCCUUGCCCACCCGAAACACACUCGGCCAGAAUGCCAAGAUUUUGUACCCAAACCCCACUUGGCCCGAAAACAGCUGGAUUUCACCCCCUGCUCCCUGGCCAGCUCAGGACUUUGGAUGUGGAGCCCAAAGAUCUGGGGUCCUAGUGUGUACAUUUUGUGUAAAUAUGUGCAUAUUUGUAUAUAAAAUGAUAUUCUGUUUUUAAAUAAACAGAUAAAAGCUG